GACCGGCCCAAUUAGAUACGACGAUCCCCCAUCUCCGUCUCCUCCUCUCUCCUGACCUCCUCCUUCCGCCGUCCGUGACGAACGCUUUCGCACCUCGCUCCCUCCCCAGGACCCCAGCUCCCCUCCCCUAUCGAUGGAAGAAUUCCAGGAUGACGCCCUCCGCGAGAUCUCCCGACACCUUCCCUGCGUGGCGGACCGCGACGACGCGGCCGAUGUCUGCAGGAGGUGGCAGGCGGCGCUCUCGGAGCCGCUGCCAGAUCCCCCGCUGCCGCGGCAGCUGCCGUGGCUCCUCCUACCGUCCGCCGACUCGACGCGCGCCUGCUGCCUGUUCUGCGGCACCGGCAACGAUGCCUGCGUCAUCCGCCACAAGCUCACGGCCACGCACGGCGCUCGCUGCUUCGGGUCCUACAACGGCCAUUGCCCCAAUCGGGAUGCCCGCUUCCUCUACCUGCCCGACGCGCUGGGCACUGGCCUAAACCAUGGCCAGCGUGACAUGGUCAUCCUCGCGGCCACCCUCUCGUGCUCGCCCGAUGACCAGAACUGCAUCGGUGCUGGCAUAGUCAUGCAGUGGCAGUUCAUCGCCGGCCAGCGGCAGGUGGCCUUCUGGCGCAUGGGAGAUCCAGUUGCAAUGGCGUUGGAUGCUGAUGCCAGGCCCCUUUUGAAGUGGAGGAUGUCCUGUUCCACGACGGAUCAUAACGUUUCCUCACCCAAGGUGCUCACAUCCGCGUCUGCACACCGGUCGUCAACCAUCAGCGGGUACCGAAGUUGCAAAGACUAGAGAACGAAGUCGCCCGAAACAAAGCUGACUGAAACCGACCACCCACAUGCGAAGUCAAAAGGCGUGUCAGAAAUGAAAUUUUUUGCAACGAAGUCGAACUUAACUUCGGUAAAUAAAUGCAUGAUCCAGGCUACAUGUCCAAAGGAGUAUUUCGCAUAAUUUGCAACCAUAUAUUAACCAAGAGAAAAACGAAGUUACAAUGUUUCGAACCUGCAAUCUCGUGGUUAUGGAGUUGAUCUCUUUCCACUGAGCUGAGGGCAGGAUUACUAUUUGACAUUUGAAGAGAUCACUCCAUAUUGUUGUACAAAUUGCUUCAAUCAGCCCAACGAAUGCACUUGUGGCCAUAAUUUAUUUAAACACAAGGAGCGAAGUUGAAUGAUGAUGAAAUGUCCAUGCAGUUUCUCA